CUGUAAUCCCACACUCACAAUGUGCAUGCGCAAAUUGAAGUGCGUGCGAGGGACGAGGGACGGUUCGGUAAUACAAUACAAACUGCAUUCACUCUCCAAAUCUCCUCUAUGAUAAGUGGCGAGGAUGAAUUAAACGAGGGCUGGAUGUACACCCACAGUAGCCUAUGGACAGCAAGUGCUCACUUGACAUGUCAGAGUCUGUAUCAGGGACAGGAUGUCUAAAUGUGAGCUGAUUGAGCUGAAGGACCUGAGUGUAAAUGAUUCCAUUGAGCUGGCUGCUCCUGCAGCCCGCACAGCCUCGCCAUCUGUAAACCCGGGUCAACCAAGCCACUUCCAUGUCGUCCGUCUGGUCGGAAACAGCGUCAGCAUCGAAGCAUCCCGGUGUCAGACAGGGGAGGCUGGAGUGGGACAUGACUUCCAGCCCUACAGUCACGCCCAUCUCACCUGGUGUGACCAGUGUGGAGAAUUCAUCUGGGGUCUUUAUAAGCAAAGUUUACGCUGUGCCAACUGCAGUUACACUUGUCACUACCGCUGCCUACCAUUCAUCCAGCUGGACUGCUGCACAGAUGGAAGUUUGUUAACAGACGAGCAAGAUUUCUCUGUCGACUCCGUCGAGACAGACACAAAUGUGGAUGAACAGAUCGAUUGGGGUAAACAGGAGUUUACUGUUGGUGAGAUUCAACAUAAGGUUAAGGAAUAUAAUGCACAGAUCAACAGCAAUCUCUACAUGGUGGCUAAUAAAGACGGGUCCUACACUGGUUUCAUCAAGGUCCACUUUCAGUUAGUCCGUCCCAUCACCCUGCCCCCCCGUCAGAGCCUGUGCUCGACACAGGAGGAAGAUCAGCAGGGCCGACGGAUGAAACGGCGGACAUCUUUCUACCUCCCCAAAGACGCUGCCAAGCACCUGCAUAUAAGCUCCCAAACACGUGUUCGAGAAGUCAUCGAGGCAUUGCUCAACAAGUUCACCGUGGUGGACAACCCGGCCAAGUUUGCCCUGUUUGAACGCUCAGAGAGACAAAGUCAAGUGUACAUGCGUAAACUGCCUGAUGAUGAGUGCCCCCUGCACCUGCGCUUGUGUGCUGGCCCCAGUGAAAAGGUUAUGAGUCUGAUUUUGAAAGAGAAUGAGACAGGGGAAGUAAAUUGGGAUGCAUUUAGUUUUCCUGAGUUGUGCAACUUUCUGCGAAUCCUGAAGCGUGAGGAAGAAGAACAUGUGCGGCAGAUUGUGAGGCGCUACGCUCUUGCUAGAGACACUACGAAGCAGGCCAUGGCAAGAAUUACUACUCCUGGUUGACUUUGAGGGAUUCAACUGAUCUCGAUAUCUUAAAAUGAAGAAGAACGCUCUCCCACUGUGAAUAGUAUUGUUGAUUAGCAGCGUAAAAGGGAAGGAAAGAGCUCAGACAAUGAUAUUGUUUUGAAUUAAUGUUGUUUAUGAAGCAGGUAUGCUGCUAAUGUUGUGCAAGAAGAGCCACUGUUGUGAACUGAAUGGGAGGAUAUAAUAGAUUAUCUUGGAUUUAAUUGGAUGCAGUUCUUACUUUAAAAACCCUACUGCUUGACUGGGUUAUUUAUAGUGGUAUUAAAACACAAUUUUAGUCUUUUUGGUAAUUCAUCAUGUGAUAUUUAGUUUCAUUCAUAUACUGUGAAGCUGUUUUUAAAAUGUUGGCACUUUAAUGAACCUGUGAAAUGAAUUUGUGCAAGGUUAAAAUGUGAAUGUGUUUACAUUCUAACUAUCUAAUAAACUGAUUAUAAUAAA